GAAGAAGAGGAAGAACGUCCCAGACCAAGGCCAAUGGUUCCACAGUUAGCUCCUCCAAAAAUCCCCGAGGGAGAGAGAGUGGAUUUUGAUGACAUCCACCGCAAGCGUAUGGAGAAAGACCUCCUGGAACUGCAAACUCUCAUUGACGUACACUUUGAGCAGAGGAAAAAAGAAGAGGAAGAACUUGUGGGCCUCAUGUCAAGGAUUGAACAUCGUAGGGCAGAGCGUGCCGAACAACAACGAGUCCGCACUGAGAAAGAACGGGAGCGGCAGGCCAAGCUUGCUGAAGAAAAGAUGAGGAAAGAGGAAGAAGAGGCCAAGAAAAGAGCUGAAGAUGACGCUAAGAAGAAGAAAGUGCUCUCCAACAUGGGAGCUCACUUUGGUGGAUACCUGAUCAAGGCAGAGCAAAAACGUGGAAAGCGGCAGACUGGCCGAGAAAUGAAGAUCCGGAUCUUAACAGAGCGACGAAAAACUUUGAACAUAGAGAACCUAAGCGAGCAACAGCUGAGGGAAAAGGCUAAGGAGCUCCAUGAUUGGAUCCAUCAUUUAGAAUCAGAGAAGUUUGAUCUGAUGGAGAAACUCAGACGUCAAAAAUACGAGAUCAAUGUUCUGUACAACCGCAUCAGCCACGCCCAGAAGUUCAAAAAGGGUGCUGGAAAAACCAGGCUUGGUGGUCGCUGGAAGUAAAAGGGAAUCAACUCAGCAUGUGGAGCCCAAUCUGAAAAUCUCCCUGGCAACAGAAGUGACUGCUGAUUACAUCUCAUCCUUUCUUUCCUUGUGUUGUUUUGUGUUGAGUUGAAUGCUUUCCUUUCCCACUCCCUGACUCCUCAUGUGCGUCUCUGACCAGUCUUCUGCCACAAGCCACACAAUAAAUCAACCUCUCUUCUUCAUGAAA